AUGCUUCUCAAGUCUGUCCUCCUCACCCUCGCCAUCUCUCUCGCCUCGGCGCAGAGCCAAGUCGGCCACCCCUGCGGCUUCAAGAUUGCUCCCUGCCCCUUCGACAUGAAGUGCGUCGCCGACAACCCGUACUGCCCUGAGCUCAACAAGUGCCCCGGCCACUGCGAGUUUAAGAACAAAUACGCCUCGUGCGGAGGCUUCACCCCGAGACCGCACAACUGCGACCGCAAUCACGUGUGCCAGGACGACCCUCGGCUGCCGCCCAACUGCGGCAUGGCUUGUGAUAUUCCGGGAAUCUGCGUCCCGAAGAAUGCUGAGUUUUGUGGAGGGUUUGCGGGCUUUGCUUGUCCUGCGGGAAAGUAUUGCUAUGAUGUGCGGGAUGGUUGUGAUCCCGAGAACGGCGGUGCGGAUUGCGGUGGCAUUUGUUUGUAG